UUCCUCCCUCCCUCUCUGCUGUGUCUCUCCUGACUUUUCUCAAACAUCUGUACGUGUGGCUGUAGGUACUGGCACUCACUUUGCAGGAGCUUUGCAGAAGCACCCACUGCUUUGCGCUUUGCGUCGCUGAGUCUGUGGCAGAGACUCUUGUUCCCGUCCCACCAGCCACCCCUGCCCUGAACAAUGGUGAAGUACGGCCUCGACUACACUCGGUGCAGAUGGAUCCUACCCCUGCUCCUGGGCAUAGGAGUCAUCUUCGGUAUCAUUGCGCUGGCGGGCAGGGGCUGGUUGGAGUCGCAGACCUUGCCCUACGUGCAGCAAGCGUCCUUAUGGGAGAACUGCAGGAGGCCUGAUCAGGGUGGGGAAUGGAGCUGCGAGUCCCUCAUGGGUUACGCCUGGGGAAGAGCUGCUGCUGCCACAUACCUGGUUGGCUUUCUACUUCUAGUCAUCUGUUUUGCUCUGGCCAUCAUAGCGUUUGCCAUUGACACACUUCGGUUCAACUUCAUACGUGGGAUUGGAGGCUUACUUUUUGUGGCUGCUGUGUUCUCCAUCAUGGGCCUGGUCAUUUAUCCAGUAAAGUUCUCAUCUGAAAUUGAAAUGACAGGAAUCAAUAUGUUCAGCUGGGCCUAUGGCUUCGGCUGGACCACCGCUAUUAUGGAAAUAUGCUUGGGAUUCUUCUUCUGCUGCCUUCCUAACUAUGAAGAUCAGAUCUUGGGUAAUGUCAAGCCCACGUAUUUUUACUCUUCCCCAUAAGAACCUGAAAACCUGUUUUCAUAUUCCAGAGAUAUAUGACAGACUAGCUAUGUUUUUCAGAAUAUUGUCAUCAGAUGUUAGUAGAAAAGGCUGGAAACUUUUCAAAUGUAGAAAAAUGGCACUGGCAACUGCAAUAAAGUUAUUUACUCUAUUUUGGACCUUUAUAUCUGAUGUGGGUUGGUUAGAUAAAGUGUAAAUGUUAAAAGAUGUAGGUUUUCCUCAUUCAUUCCCAUAAGUGAGGUGUAUGUGGAUUCCAUUGCAUCUUAAAUACGUUCAUAUUUUCAAUUAAAUUCAGAAAAGCUUUCUAAACUUGCAAUCAACAAAACAAUGUUUCACCUUCCUGAAAGAAAGCAAUUCACAAAAAAUCCCAUUUUGUAUAUAUCAUCUUUAGCCUAAGGAUUUUGCACAUUUUUCAAAAAGUAAAAUACCUUAAUCCACUGAUUAAGUGGUAAAUUAGUCAGCCAGUACUUCGUAACUUUGCUUCCAUUUUUCUUUCAGUCACUUAAGCUAUAAGGACAGGGUAAAAGAGGAUUAAAGUUACCUACUAAAGCCAGCAUCUUCAUUUUUACCCAUCCAUAUGGAAUGUAUUUAUGUCUAAAUAUUUGCAAGAGUAAGCAAGGACCAUCAGUAAUCCCUUAAAAAUCCUGGCAUGCCAUUGCUGGUGCCACUACAGAGUGGGCAGAGGCAGAGCGGAUUUCAAGCUACCCCUGCAAACUACACACCUGGUUUGAUAAAGCUCCUGGUGUGGUUUUCUUCUUGGGCGU